AUGAAGUCUGGAAAGUUUUGCCAUAGUGGAAUAUUAUGUCUGGCAUUAUCCAAUCACCAUGUUCCAGCCGGUAACUGGGCGGCAGACAGUCGAGGUCCGGGGAUGGGAGCCAAAAUGAGUGCGGCCAAGCCAGGAAAGUUCAUACCUCCUGAUCCUGAACUGCCCGAUAUUCCUCCGCCACCUCGAUUCAUUGUGCUGGCCUGCUGCAGCCUUACAGUCCUUGAAUUUUGGGUCUGUUUGAUGAUUGGACAAUUUUGGUACUCCCAAGUUGGUCUCAGCUGA